AUGCUGGAUUGCAAACCUAUCACAACACCUCUGUCAGUCAAGCCUCAUUCCACUAAGGAACUAGAACCCUUCCCCAAUCCUGAAUAUUUUCGAAGUCUGGCUGGAUCUCUCCAGUACCUCACCAUCACCAGACCGGACAUCUCCUUCGCCGUCAAUUACAUCUGCCAAUUCAUGCAUCGCCCUCUGCAAACUCACUAUGAGAUGCUCAAAAGGAUCCUCCAGUACAUCAAAGGCACAGUGAACCAUUUCCUACACUACAACUCCGGCUCCUUGACUCUCUCGACUUUUUGUGACUCUGACUGGGCAAGGGAUGCCUCUGAUCGUCGAUCAACCACAGGCUACUGUGUCUUCCUUGGAUCAAACCUCAUCUCAUGGCUUGCUAAAAAGCAACCUACUGUUGCUCGCUCAUCUACUGAAGCCGAGUACCGAGCAUUGGCAAUCACCUCAACCGAAAUCAUUUGGCUUCGUAGACUACUCAAAGAACUGCUGAUCCCCAUCUCCGAGCCUACGGAACUAUGUUGUGACAACAUUUCUGCUCUAUCCCUAGCAACAAAUCCUGUAUUUCACGCUCGCACGAAACAUAUCGAGGUGGAUUACCACUUCGUGCGAGAGAAAGUACAAUCGAAGGAGCUGCGCCUCGCCCGCAUCUCUACUCAAGACCAGCCAGCGGACAUCUUCACAAAACCACUCUCUGGACAACGGCACUCUCUAUUGUGUUCCAAGCUUCGAGUUCUCUCCCAGAACUCAGCUUAA